CCGCUCGCGUCCCGGCUCCGGGGCAGCGCCCGCGUGCGCGCGCGCGCGCGGCUGCUCGGGAGCGCGCGUCCCCGCGCCGGCCAUUCCCCCUUCCGCCCCGGGGCCGCGCGCGGCGGCGGCGGGAGCGGCGGGAGCGCCCCUUCCUCCCGUGCCGCCCUCCGUCCCUCUCCGCCCGCGGCUCCCGGAGCGCCCCUUCCUCCCGUGCCGCCCUCCGUCCCUCUCCGCCCGCGGCUCCCGGCGCGCCAGCAUGGAGCUGUUCCAAGCCAAGGACCACUACAUCCUGCAGAGCGGGGAGCGGGCGCUCUGGUGCAGCCGGAGGGACGGCAGCCUGCAGCUGCGAGCCGCCACUGAUCUUCUUUUGGCUUGGAACCCCAUUUGUCUGGGCCUGGUGGAGGGAGUCAUUGGGAAAGUCCAGCUUCAUACAGAUUUACCAUGGUGGCUGCUUUUAAUUCGUCAGAAAGCAUUGAUUGGCAAACUUCCAGGAGAUCACGAGGUGUGCAAAAUAACCAAGAUUGCAGUGAUUCCACUGUCUGAGACAGAGCCUCAGGAUCUGGAGCUGGAGCUUUGUAAAAAGCACCAUUUUGGGAUAAACAAGCCAGAGAAGAUAACACAGUCCCCAGAUGAUACAAAAUUCCUGCUGAAGACUCUUACUCAAAUUAAAUCUAAUGUGUCUGCUCCAAAUAAAAAGAAGAUUAGAGAAAGCAAAGAGAAAGAGAGACUGGAGAAGAGAUUAUUGGAGGAGUUGUUCAAGAUGUUCAUGGAUUCAGACUCCUUUUACUACAGCCUGAGCUAUGACCUGACAAAUUCUGUGCAGAGGCAGAGCGCGUGUGAGAAAACCAACCUGCCCCUGUGGCGGAAAGUGGAUGACAGAUUCUUUUGGAACAAGCACAUGAUUGAAGAUCUCAUCAGCAUUGAUAAUCCUGAAGUGGACUUCUGGAUCAUCCCCAUCAUUCAAGGAUUUGUGCAAAUUGAAGAACUGGUAGUAAACUACAAUGAAUCUUCUGAUGAUGAUAAGAGCAGCCCUGAAACUCCUCCUCAGGAAUCCUCGUGUGUGGAUGACAUCCACCCCACGUUCCUGGUGGCGCUCAUCUCCCGCCGGAGUCGGCACAGAGCUGGAAUGCGGUAUAAGCGGAGAGGUGUUGAUAAAAAUGGAAACGUGGCAAAUUAUGUUGAGACAGAGCAGCUGAUCCAUGUCCACAAUCACACCCUUUCCUACAUCCAAACACGAGGCUCUGUGCCUGUUUUCUGGAGCCAGGUUGGAUACAGGUACAACCCACGGCCCCGGCUGGACAAGAGUGAAAAUGAAACCGUGUCCUGUUUUCGUGCACACUUUGAAGAGCAGCUGAAACAUUACAAAAAGCAGGUUAUUAUUAACUUGGUGGACCAGACAGGCAGAGAGAAGAUUAUUGGAGAUGCUUACCUUAAACAAGUUCUUCUCUACAACAAUGCAAAUCUGACUUAUGUUUCAUUUGACUUCCAUGAGCACUGCCGAGGAAUGAAAUUUGAAAAUGUUCAAACACUGACUGAUGCCAUUCACGAUAUUAUUCUUGACAUGAAGUGGUGCUGGGUUGACCAGGCUGGGGUGAUCUGCAAGCAGGAGGGGAUUUUCCGGGUGAACUGCAUGGACUGCCUGGAUCGCACCAACGUGGUGCAGGCUGCCAUUGCCAGAGUGGUCAUGGAGCAGCAGCUCAAAAAACUGGGUGUGAUGCCACCAGAGCAGCCUCUGCCAGUGAAGUGCAACAGGAUCUACCAGAUCAUGUGGGCCAACAACGGCGAUGCCAUCAGCCGCCAGUACGCGGGCACGGCGGCCCUGAAGGGUGACUUCACAAGGACUGGUGAAAGGAAGCUGGCAGGGGUGAUGAAGGAUGGAGUGAACUCUGCAAACAGAUAUUACCUGAAUCGUUUCAGGGAUGCUUACAGGCAAGCAGUCAUAGAUUUGAUGCAGGGCAUCCCUGUGACAGAGGACCUGUACUCCAUAUUUACAAAAGAGAAGGAGCACGAAGCCCUGCACAAGGAGAACCUGAGGAGCCACCAGGAGCUGAUCAGCCAGCUGCUGCAGAGCUACAUGAAACUGCUCUUGCCAGAUGAUGAAAAAUUCCAUGGAGGUUGGGCACUCAUUGACUGUGACCCAAGUCUCAUCGAUGCCACUCAUAAGGAUGUGGAUGUGCUGCUUUUACUUUCAAACUCUGCCUAUUAUGUGGCCUACUACGAUGAUGAAAUCGACAAAGUGAAUCAGUACCAAAGGUUAAGUCUUGAAGCUCUGGAAAAAAUAGAAAUAGGGCCUGAGCCUACUCUCUUUGGCAAACCCAAGUUCUCUUGCAUGAGGCUGCAUUACAAAUACAAAGAAAUGAGUGGAUAUUUUCACACCCUCAGGGCUGUGGCUCGCAGCCCAGAAGAAGAUGGAAAAGACACCCUUCAGUGCAUUGCAGAAAUGCUGAGAAUCACAAAGCAAGCAAUGGGAAUGGAUGUGCCCAUUAUUGAGAAGAAGCUGGAGAGGAGGAGCAGCAAACCUCAUGAAGACAUCAUUGGCAUUCGGUCUCAGAACAGAGGGUCCCUGGCCCAAGGCAAGAAUUAUUUACUGAGCAAGUUCUCCUCCCUCAAUCAAAAGGUGAAACAAACCAAAUCCAACGUCAACAUCAGCAACCUUCGGAAGCUGGGCAGCUUUGCCAAACCUGAAGUGAAAGUCAAUUUCUUAAAGCCAAACUUGAAAGUGAAUCUUUGGAAGUCGGACAGCAGCCUGGAAACCCUGGAGAACCCCGGCGUGGAUGCGAAAGCCGCCAGCGAAUCCGACACAGAAGGCUCGGACAAUGACUCCUUCCACUCGGAUGACUUCCUGAGCAACUCCAAGUCGGACGAGGAGGGCCAGCUGGGGGGCUCCCUGGAGAGCAUGGGCCCCACGGACUACGUGCUGCCCAGCUGCGGCAUCAUCGCCUCGGCGCCGCGCCUGGGCAGCCGCUCGCAGUCGCUGAGCAGCACCGACCUCAGCCUCAGCGUGGCCGUGCCCGCCGAGGGCCAGGGCGCUGCCCCGCCCGCCUCUGAGGGCGCAGGGCUGGAGCUGGCCAAGCCCGUGGAUGUGUACUGCCAGAGGUUCGUGCAGGACGCCCAGAGCCAGGGCUGCCAUGUGCUGGAGCCCGAGGCUGCUCCUGCAGAGCCCCACCACGCACCCGCCCAAAGCAGCAGCAGCGCCGCCAGGAAGGCAGAGCCCAAGGCUGAAGCUGCUGCAGACGUUCCUGCCAGGCCAUCAAAGCUGGAUGUUCACUCUUCUGAGCCAAACCCUCAGCUCCUGGCCGUGGGGGGGCCUGACUGGAGCAAAUCCCAGCGGAGCCCGGGCUCUGUGUCUGGGAACCAGGAGCCAGGACUCCAGGGCUCUCCUUCCCCCGCCGACGGCAGCGGCAGCAGGGCCGUGUCUCCCUUCGCUAAAAUCCGCAGCUCCAUGGUCCAGGUUGCCAACAUCACCCAGGCAGGAUUGACUCAAGGGAUUAAUUUUGCUGUGGCAAAAGUCCAAAAGAGCCCUGCAGAACCGGAAACUUUAAAUGAAAUCAAACAAAAAGAACUGAGAGAAAUGUUUACGCAAUGCCAGACGCGAAUAAUUCAGAUCUAGUUGCUCAUUUGGGAAGUGUUCUUCUAGCUGUGGCUUCUAAUAAAAUAACCCGAUGACAUCAGGACUAUUGUGGCAUGAACUGCUGCUGGAUACUGGGAUUGAUAAUAGGUAAUUUGUUUACAAGCAGUGAGAGAUGCAAAUGAAUUUGGUUCUGACCAAGCUUCAGAAUUCCCUCAGGCAGGUGAGACAGAACCUGUAUAAACCAUAUUUAAACAGGUAGCUUAGACACUGGGAUUCAAUAAGCAUGCUGUCUAUCUUAGAUGUGUUGCACAGUUAUUUUUUUGAGACUAAUUUUGUAGCUCUUCUGAAUUAUGUAGAAAGUAUUUAUACUCAAAGGAUGAUACUGCACUUCUCUGACCUUACUUACCUUGCACUACACCAGCAAAAUAAAGUACCGGUAAAUUACA